UAAAAGUUCAUUAAAUCACCGAAAAAAUGAACAAGACUAAGAACUAUUUAAACGUAAUUUUUGUAGCCUUUCUGUUAUUAUCAUUAUUAUUACUGAUUUGUAAUACAUCACAUGUUCAAAAAAAUAUUUCUCAAAGUUCAUCUACUUGCCAGUUACAACUAGAAUGUAUCGGAGCUAGUUCAUCUGGAUAUGGUCGUGUACGCAUACCUGUUCGAUCAGCUCGAGGGCCAGCUGGACCAACUGGGGAACAAGGAAAUCCUGGACCACCAGGUCCUCGCGGAGAAACAACAAAAUUACAACCUAUAUGGAUUCCUAGACCAGUAGAAUAUCAAAUAGCUUUUUAUACAGGUUUGUCAAAAAGUAUUGAGAAUAAACCAGUGAACAAAAAUUGUCAAUUAAUUUUUGAAUCAAUUAUGUUGAAUCUUGGCAACGGAUAUGACAAUACUACAGGUAUAUUCACCGUUCCUGUUUCGGGUGUUUAUAUAUUUGUUGUAGUUAUAUCAGCACAAAGUUAUGAAAAGGCAGGUGUACGAUUACUACAAAAUGGCAAAGUCGUGUUACUUUCAUGGUGUGAAAGUACGUUUUGGGCAACUGUAACUAAUCAAGCUAUUAUUCAAUUAAAUAAAAAUGAUCAAAUAUGGUUGGAAUGUAGAGAUGAAGCUUAUCGUUUACAUGGACAUAUGUAUAGCAGCCUAUCUGGUUAUCUUCUUUAUCCACAUGACAUAUAAUCGUGACAACAUGAGAAUCUUUUUUCUUCUUCUAUGUGUAACUUCUGUUUAGUUAAAUGUUAAUCAUUCAAAUAAUUAAUCAGUGGUAUGAUCAACAAUCUUUUAUCACAUACUUAUGUAACGAAUUUUUGUUACCACAUAAUAACUACACUUUUAUUGAACUCACUUUUGUGAUGACGAAUAAAAUGAGUACAUUAAUCGACAAAAAAGCUAAUGAAGUAUUAAACAUUAUACAGAAUAAUUAAGUGAUAAUACUACAAAGAUGUGAGCCUUAUGAAUACACUGAAGAG